AAAUGUUUUCUUUUAAAACCAAACAUUAUAUGCUGUUGACAGUUUUUCUUCUCUGUUUGACAUUUCAGUUUAAUGAAACCAAAGGAUCAAUACUUGGUUUUGCCAAACUAUUUGAUGAUUUGAUGGCUAAAGGACCAACAUUUAUGGAUGUGGUACCGAAAUUAUGUCCUCAACUUGAAGAGCUGAUCGAAUUAGUUACGAAAUUGUUAUCUCUUAUGAAAAAUAUUCAACAAACUUUAGCUCCUACUUGUCCGGAAAAACAAAAUUAUGCGUCUUCUAAAUUGCUUACCAAUCCAGUAGAAGCAGUUAUUCGUAAGAGUGAUUGCUUGUUUGAACUCACGACUAAUGUUAAUUACUACUUGGAUACAUGUAUAUUGAUUAAAAAUGGUGAAACCAUUGGCAAAUACCUGUAA